AUGACGCCCCUUGCUGGCGGCGUAGCUCAGCCCCACGAAACAGACCACGAUAAUGCAGAACUGAGAAACCUCUUCCGUGAAUGCAAGGCUGAAACCCAAGAGCGACCGACAGAAGACGUUGAGUAUGGUCAAGCAAGCGAUGACACCGAUCGACACUGCCAGCAGUACUUCUUCAAUCCUCUGAAGAACUCGGCCAAUUUGUUCCACGAUGCGGAACCGGCUGUUUGCAACGGACUCGUGCCAGCAGACAACCAAUCCACAGCAACGCACGCGAGCGCACUUUCUGUCAGCUUCCGAGCUGCUGAGUUGUCCGAUGCGGCUGCGAUCUGGGAACUUGUCGUUGAAUCGAAGGUCUUAGACCCAAACUCACGAUAUUGUUACCUGCUGUUGUGCCGAGACUUUUCCGACACUUGUGUGGUUGCCUGUCGAGGUUCUGAGGUCGUGGGGUUUGUGACCGCGUACCGGCCACCCGAGCAACCUGAGGUCGUCUUUGUAUGGCAAAUCGGAAUUGCCAAGAGCGCCCGUCGCCAGGGAUUGGCAAAGCGCUUGUUGCACUCUUUGGUUUCGGUGCCCGCGUGUAAGGAAGUUCGCUUUCUGCAGGCGACCGUGACCCCGAGUAAUGAAGCCUCGCGAGGGCUGUUUGAAUCCUUCGCAGAGGAUCUGGAUGUUCCCUGUCGAAUCCGACAAGGGUUCACUGCCGAGAUGUUCGAUCCAGGAGAACCAACCAACAUGAUGGAAGUCUUUGCCGAACUCGAAUCAGAAGUUCGAUCUUAUUGCCGCUCGUUUCCUACCGUUUUCACAAAGGCUCAAGGCCACCAGAUGUGGGACGAGCGCGGCAAUGAAUACAUCGAUUUCUUCGCAGGAGCCGGCUCUCUCAACUACGGGCAUAACAACCCUAAAUUGAAAGAACCGCUGCUGAAGUACAUCGAAAGUGAUGGAGUAACACAUAGCCUCGACAUGGCUACCACGGCCAAACGAGAAUUCCUGCAAACCUUUAAUCGGCUCGUGCUCGGUCCUCGGAACAUGGACUACAAGGUGAUGUUCCCCGGCCCAACGGGUACCAAUGCAGUGGAAGCUGCUUUAAAAGUCGCGCGAAUGGUGACCGGUCGACCGAAUGUGAUGGCGUUCACCAAUGCGUUUCACGGCAUGACGCUCGGUUCGUUAGCCCUGACUGGCAAUGGCAGCAAACGCGAUGCCGCUGGGGUAACGCUGACCGAUGUCACUCGGAUGCCCUACCACGGAUACAUGGGCUCCGAACUCGAUACGAUUGAUCUGCUAGAGCAGCAUCUGAAGAACACCAGCAGUGGCGUCGAUUUGCCGGCGGCACUGAUUCUGGAAACGGUGCAGGCCGAAGGUGGGGUGAAUGUAUCGACCAACCCUUGGUUAAGACGGUUGCAAGAAUUGCUAAAACGGUACGAGAUCCUGCUGAUUGUGGACGACAUCCAAGUCGGCUGCGGUCGCACGGGACCGUUCUUCAGCUUCGAAUCGGCUGGGCUGGAGCCCGACAUCAUUUGUUUGUCCAAAUCGCUCUCAGGCUAUGGGGUGCCGUUUGCAGUCACAUUGCUUCGCCCGGAACUCGACGUGUUAGAGCCAGGCAAGCACAACGGUACGUUUCGCGGACAUAACCUGGCCUUUGUCACUGCCACGGCAGCCCUGAAGAACUAUUGGGCCAAGGGUGAGUUAUCAGACGACGUGAAGCGGCGAGGACAAAUCGUGCGCAACAGUCUGCGAGAAACGGCAGAGAACUACGGUGGGAACGUGCGGGGACGGGGUCUGAUACAGGGCCUUGAAUUCCGAGACAAAGAUGCCGCCAGUGAAGUGUCGCGGGAGGCAUUCGAGCGAGGGCUAAUCAUCGAAACCUCCGGCCCCCAGGACGAAGUACUGAAAGUGCUGCCGCCUCUGACAAUUUCAGAUAAUGCCCUGCAGCAUGGGCUGGAGAUCAUAGCCGAGAGCGUCGAAGCGGCGCUGGGUGCCGUGGCGGAAGGCACCGAUCGUGAAGUGGGUGCCGAAAACUGGAAAAGCCGCCGGUUGCUGCUGCGAAGUGAUCGCAUGGGCUUUUCGCUGCACGACACCACAAUUCAUGCCGGCACAACGACCGAGAUGCAUUACCAAAACCAUCUGGAAGCCGUGUACUGCAUCGAGGGCAAAGGCACCGUCACCUUGGUCGAUUCCGGUGAAGUGUUCGAAAUUGAAGCCGGGACGGUCUACGCCUUGGACUUGAAUGAUCGCCAUAUCCUGAAGGCCGAGGAGACGAUGCGGAUGGUCUGCGUGUUCAAUCCGCCGCUGGUGGGUCCUGAGUCGCACGACGAGAAAGGACCGGCGCUCAGUGCAGAAGAUGUGACUGCCUACGAACGCAAUGGGUUUCAUCACUCGCAAACUCUCUUCUCUCAGGACGAAGCCGAGGGGUUUCUGGCCGAGGCAAAAGAGUUGGCAGCCGAGGUAACGGGACCGAAACCCGGCGUGGUCAUCGAGCCCGGCAGCAACGCCGUGCGUUCAUUGUUCCGCCUGCACCGAACGAGCGAUACAUUUCGUGCGGUGGCCCAAGACCCGCGAUUGGUGAAUAUCGCGCGACAACUCUUGGGUAGCGAGGUUUACGUUUACCAGUCGCGGAUCAAUUUCAAGCCGGCUUUCGACGGGAAGGAGUUUUUUUGGCACUCCGAUUUUGAGACGUGGCACAUCGAAGAUGGGAUGCCGCGGAUGAGGGCCGUGAGUGUGUCGAUCAGCUUGACCGACAGCAAUGAGUUCAAUGGGCCACUGAUGGUCGUUCCGGGAUCACACAAGCACUAUGUGCGUUGCGUGGGGGCGACUCCGGAAAAUCACUUCGAGAAAUCGCUGAAAAAGCAGGAGUAUGGUGUUCCUUCGCAAGAGGCGAUGCGCGAAUUGGUCGACCGCGGCGGAAUCGUUGCCCCCAAAGGACCUCCAGGUUCGGGGCUGUUCUUUGAAUGCAACCUGAUGCACGGCUCGUCGGGCAACUUGAGCCCCUAUCCGCGGACCAACCUGUUCAUUGUCUACAACAGUGUUGAAAACGGAGUGCACGACCCGUACGGCGGGACCCCAGCACGGCCCGAGUUCCUGAGCGAACGCGACGUCACACCGGAAGUAUUCCAGGUCGUGAAAGAGUCGCAGGCCGAUGUCUUGCAGAACAAGAUUCCGGUUGAAAACCCGAUGGGACAGGCCCUGUUGGGGAAAACGCCUGGCGACAAAGUUUUGCUGAGCGGGCCCGAAGGCGAUAUCGAGUUCUCAGUUCUGGAAGUGAACCAGGAGCAUCUCAUGGCUCAAGCAAAGAACGGCAGCACGGUCACGGUCAACUACACCGGACGACUCGAAGACGGAUCGGUCUUCGACGAGACCCAGAAUAAGGAACCGCUGCGAUUCGUGUUGGGUAAAGAUCGCUUGAUCAAAGGGUUCGAACAGGCGGUUGUCGGGAUGAGCCCUGGCGAUUCGAAGACGGUAAAACUACCGCCCGAAGACGCCUACGGGCAGAAACGCGAUGAGAUGAUGGUCUCGGUCGAUCGCGGAAAGAUUCCGCAGGAUGUGCAGCCACAAGUUGGGCAGCGUGUGGAACUGAAGCAGCAAGAUGGCUCGCCCAUUGGAGCUACAGUGACUGAGGUGACCGAUUCGACGAUCGUUGUCGAUGCCAAUCACCCGCUAGCCGGACAUAGUUUGACGUUCGACAUUUCCAUGGUUGAAGUCAGUUGA